AUGACCACCCGAGCAGAGCGAUUUGCUGCGCUAUUGGGCGAAUCAUCUACACCCACCACCAACAAUGCCACCGCAUCUAAGCACAACUUCUGCGAUGUGGCCCCUGCAAACCAACAAUUUGUGCCUAUCAACGCUGUUUCAAAGUUUCCAUACAAGUACAUGAAGCAAUCGCAAGGUGAGACUGUGUCAAAACAGUUCUUUGCAGGCGGUAAGUUCUGGGAACGCGAUUGGGAACUGUGGUAUGUGUGGUCACCUUACUACCAUGCUGAGAGACCCACAAUCUUCAUCCCUCUCGAACAGUUCAAGCAACUGCUCAAGGACAUUGAUGGCGCUUAUCCAAGCUAUCUCGUUCGCAUGCCCAACAACGCUGAGGGCAGUCUUGUAUUCCCUUUCGAGUACAGCGAGCACAGAUUGUUGAGACCUCACUUCCUCGGUCAUUCAUCAAACAAAGAUGACUUUGAGCGCCUCAGUAAUCUCGCUCCCCAGUUCGGUCGACUCGGAUCGGACGAAAGUGAGCCAGACUACCUCUCCUACUUCAGAAGUGACAUGGAGGCCGCUGUGGAUGCUGGCAAGAACAAGGGCAAGUCCAAGGCCGCAAAGGAGGCUAAGCAGGAAGCACGUGUCAUCCAACAACAUAACAUGUACCGCCAGGUUGAACGUACUCAAGCCUCUCUCGAGCUAUUGCCUGCUUCGUCAGCCAACCCCGACCUCGAUAUCAUCUACAUCGCUGUUGACUGCGAGUCGUGGGAGCGUAACCACAACAUCAUUACAGAAAUUGGCUUUGCCACACUCGACACUCGCGAUCUCAAGGAUGUUCAUCACGGCGAAGGUGGUAAGGACUGGCACAAGUUCGUCCGCGGUCGUCACUUCCGCAUCAACGAAUACAAGCACUACACCAACAGCGAGUUCGUCCGUGGCUGCCCAGACAGAUUUGAGUUUGGUGAGAGCGAGUUCGUCGACCUCGCAGAUGCCCCCCGCAUGAUCGCUACCUGCUUCAAGCACCCUUACAGUGCGAAGAAUGUUGAUGAUGUCGCCGAAGAGCACCAAGAGAAGCGCAACAUCGUCUUCGUCGGCCACGAUACCAAGCAAGACGUCGCUUACCUCCGCAAGCUCGGCUAUGACCCCAGCAAUCUCUCCAACCUCAUCGACUUCCAGGACACCGCUGCCAUGUGGCGUGCUAUCACUGGCGAACAGUCUACUCGCGGUCUUUCGCAUGUCUUGUUUACCCUCGAGCUGGACUCUUGGAACACCCACAAUGCUGGUAAUGACGCUGUCUACACCGUUCACGCCAUGCUCGGUCUCUGCAUCAAGGACUUGAAGAUGAAGGAAGCCAAGAAGAAUGGCGAUGAGGAGGGUGGCGGCGCCAGCUUACUGCCUCAGAAGCAGGACAUCGAGAAGGAAAUCAAGAAGGUCACCAAGAAGUUCGUGGAGUGGGAGAUGUAG